CUGAGCCUCUACUUUACUCAAUUCUCUUUGCUCUGGGGAUUGAACCUCUACCUCAAGCUCAUCGUCUCAGCAUUUGAUCUUGUUAAUUCUCCCUUAACCUCUCGAUUAAUCGAGUGAGUAAUUAAUGAAAUGGCGUCAUUAACUGGUGUUCGACUGCUGUCGAGGGGCACCGGGUGCAUCAGGGGAAUCAAUUCCACCGGUUUCAGGGCUCAGGGGCUUUUGCCUUUCGCCUGUGGAUCCAGAAUUAUUCACUCGAAUUUCAGGGGAUCCAAGGGACUACUCCCUUCCAACAAUGUUCAGGCAAUAACAGUGAGACACUGCUGGCCACCAAAGAAGAAACUAACUUGCAAUGAAAUCGAGGAGAGAGUAUUGAAAGUAGUGGCAGCAUACGACAAGAUAUCAGCUGAUAAGGGGCCACGAGUCGAGCUGACACGUUUCUACUGUGGUAAACAACCAUUGACACUCGAUAUAAUUCGUGAACGGGUACUCUUGGUUCUCAAACUCUAUGACAAAGUCGAUCCCAAUAAGUUGUCACUUGAGUCUCACUUUUUGAAUGAUCUGGGUCUCGACUCUCUGGACCACGUGGAGGUCAUCAUGGCCAUCGAGGAUGACUUUGGCUUCGAAAUACCCGACGUAGACGCUGAAAAACUCAUGAAACCCGGGGACAUUGUACGCUACAUCGCCGACAAGGAGGACAUCUACGAAUAGAAAUUACUUUGCAUUUUUUUUCUAUGAAAAAAACCAAAUAAGAGAAGAACAAUUGAUCAUAGCGCGGUGUCAUCUCAAUCCGAUUCUUUUUUUCUUCUGUAUAUAGAAUAAAUAAAACGUACGUGUCGUUAGAAUAAUAUUUA